CCACGCUUGUUGCAAUUGCUCAUUCAAUCCCUCCACCGAUGUCAACACAAAGGCUGCUACUACGCAAAACAAAGCCAUUUCUGAAUGCAUCAUCAUCUUCAGCUGCUCCUCCAUUUUCAGGGCCAUCCCACUACUCGAAUGAAUUCCCAAACAUAAUUGCAAAUCCUGUAGACACCUUCUUGGUCGAGAAAAUAAUGUGGACUCUCAAACAAGGUACGCAUCUUCGGAGUUCCCUGUUUCUUCGCCUAGAUACAUCGGUUUAUCUCGAAGUUAUUAGAAAAUGUAGCGAUAAUUUGCCUUCAGCUUCGAACUUUAUCGAUUCUGUUGCUUCAAACAACCCCAAUUUCAAGCAUUCGUCCACCUCCCUCAGCGCUGCUGUUCAAAUACUCGUUAGGUGCAAGAGAAUCUCCGAAGCACAGGCUUUGAUACUGAGAAUGGUGCGUAAGAGUGGCGUUUCUAGGGCCGAGACGGUUGAUUCCAUGAUUUACACUUACAGUAUGUGUGGAUCGAAUUCGUAUGUUUUUGAUUUGUUGAUUAGGACUUAUGUGCAAGCUAGGAAGCUGAGGGAAGCUGUAGAAGCAUUCAGGUUGCUGCUUAGCAGAAGGCUUUGUGUUACUAUAAAUGCUUGUAACAGUCUUCUUGGCGGCUUAGUGAAGAUCGAAUGGGUUGAUUUGGCAUGGGAAGUGUACAGGGAAAUGAUCAGAAGUGGUGUUCCAGUUAAUGUGUAUACGCUCAACAUAAUGGUUAAUGCAUUUUGUAAAGUCGGGAAGAUUGAGGAUGCAAAGGUGUUUAUUGAUGAAAUGAAAGAAAAAGGGAUUUUGGAGGAUAUUGUGACUUACAACACCUUGAUUAGUGCAUAUUGUCGCAAGGGUCUUGUAGACGAGGGGUUGGAAUUGAUGAACCUGAUGUGUCUCAGGGGAUUGAAACCGUGUUUGUUGACCUAUAACUCAAUUGUUAAAGGACAAGGACUAUGUAAGAAGGGACAGUAUCAGAAGGCAAGGGAUGUUUUGAAUCAGAUGGUGUGUAGUGGGUGCAGCCCUGAUACUUGUAGCUAUAAUGCAUUGCUUGCUGAGUGUUGCAGAAAAGAUGACGUGUUAGAAUCUGAAUCCAUUUUCCAAGAAAUGGAUCAUCUUGGUGUUUGUCCAAAUUUGGUUAGUUAUACUUCACUAAUUGGGUUAUUUUCAAGAAUUGGCCGCAUUGAUCGUUCAUUAGUGUAUUACGAGGGUAUGAAAUCUAAGGGGAUUGUCCCAGAUAAUGUAAUAUAUACCCUUCUCAUUAGUGGCUUUUGUAGGAACCAUUCUAUAUCUGAAGCCUUAAAAAUGCGUGAUGAAAUGUCAGUUCUAGGUUUGGCCAUGGAUGUAGUCGGUUACAAUACUCUUUUGAAUGGCUUAUGCAAAGAAAAGAUGCUUACUGAAGCCGACCUAAUUUUCAAAGAGAUGGUUGAAAGGGGUGUGUUUCCCGAUUUUUGUACAUUCACGACACUCAUAAAUGGAUAUUGUAAGAAUGGUAGCAUGGAAAAGGCACUCUCACUAUUUGAUUCUAUGAUUCAAAGCAAUCUCAAGCCAGACGUGGUAACAUAUAACAUCUUGAUUGAUGGGUUUUGCAAGGAUGGUGAUAUGGAAAGAGCUUUUGAACUAAGAGAUCAUAUGAUAUCUGAAAAUAUACAUCCAAAUUGUGUUACAUAUAGCAUUUUAAUAAAUGGCUACUCCAACAAGGGUGGUGUUUUUUAUGCAUUGAGGUUGUAUGAUGAGAUGGUUGGUUUAGGAAUCAAGCCGACCGUGGUCACAUGCAACUCCCUUGUUAAAGGAUAUUGCAGAUAUGGUAAUGCUGAAAAAGCAGGAGAGUUUCUUGCUAAGAUGCACUCUGAGGGAGUGUUUCCUGAUUUGGUUACAUAUAAUACUCUAAUACAUGGUCUAAUUAGAGAGGAGAGAUUGGACAAAGCAUUGCGAUUAGUUGAUGAAAUGGAAAAUCACGGUAUAUUACCUGAUGUGGUAACAUACAAUGCCAUUCUGGGUGGGUUUUGUAGGGCGGAUAGAAUGGAAGAUGCCAAUUUGGUAUACCUGAAGAUGAUGGAAAGAGGAAUAAAUCCUGACAGAUCAACAUAUACAUCAUUGAUAAAUGGAUAUGUUUUGCAAGACAACAUAAAGGAUGCUUUCUCGUUCCAUGAUGAAAUGAUCACAAAGGGGUUUGUGCCAGAUGAUAGGUUUUAACUUUUUUGUCACAUUCAAGUUGAUAGUCAUAUUCAGUCAUCUGUGCACCCCAUACAUUGAGUUUUCUACCGUAUUCUUCUGCCAUUCCAGAGGCUUUGUCCAUGCUUUUUUUUAAAAAAAGCGCUUUAUUACACGAUGUUAAUAAUGAGAGAACUGGGGAUCCCCAAUGUUCAAUCACUGAUGAAUGCUGGCCAACAAGGAAAAUGUUCUCUUUGCUUGGAUCCCCAUGAUGAAUUGCGUCUUUGGGAUUGUUGAAGUCCCUACGGGACCUGGGAUAUAGCAAGGAAAAUGCUUCCUGGGACAGAACAUUGGAAAUGUAAGGUCAUUCUUAUUUAAAAGCAACGUCUUAGAGAUACCUUGACAAACCCAGGGAAAAGUUUCAGAAAUUUACACUGCAUGAUGUAGUUGUGACUUGUGAGUAUAUUAUUUUUUUGUUGUUUUAGUUUUAAAGUAUUUGCAACCUUGUAAUGUAUAGGGGACAAUCGUUCAAAUGGGGAUCUAUGAUAGGGGUAUAUUGAGUUAUGUCUUAUGAUGGAACCAUGUUUGAUGUUAUUCAAGAUGGUCAUUUUGGAUGUUUUUAGUUGGACGACUGGUUUCAAUCUCUAAGAUCAGACAAGACCAGACUUAAGCAAACUAGACCAGACACCAAUAGUUGUUAAAUACAAAAUACACAUAGAACAUACAUCUACCAGACCAAAACAAAUUAGACUUGAAUAGACUAGACUAGAAGAUUUCAGUCCAAUUAAAAGCAUCCUUAAUGAUCAUUUAGAAAAAAAACUGUGUUUCCUUUUGGCUUUUGCUCAAAAGAACAACCUGUUUAUCACUCAUAAUGUUUAGAUAUUUUUGUUUGAGUCAUCUACCAGCUACCAAAGAAUAUCAUAAUUGUUUGUCAGCAACAACUGAAAACAAAAGAGCUUGUUGUGAUUGAUUUUUGUCUCUAUCUUCCAACACUUGGCAGUGUAGCAAAUCUGUUGAUACUUGAUAUGGAAGGAGCUUCAAUAAAAUAAAAAUUUGAUGCAGGUGGGGGUGUAUGGAGGAGAAGAAGAGAAAAGAGAUCCCCAAAGUGAAGAGAGAUCCUCCUAUUUUUAGAAAAAAGAGGAACUGAGGAAGUACAGUCUUACAAUAAAGGGCCGAAUUGCCGGGCUAUAAGCCUAUAACCUGGGUAGGGUAUUGGCUACCAGUAACGUUGAUAGGCUAGGACUCAAUAUCCAACAUCAACAAUACUCGAUCAUGUUAUACUUACACUUCUACACAAGAGAACAUUUCAUGUAGAUGCAGGGCCGGCCAUGGGGGCAUGCAGCCUAGACAAUUGUCUAGGGCCCCCAAAUUCUAUAGGGCCUCCAAUUUUUAAUGUAAGCCUAUUAUAUUAUAAUUAUAUAUAAAAUAAAUCAUUAAAAAACUUAAAAAUCUUCUAACGAGUAAGGCAGCGGCCAAAGACUUGAUGACACACUUCCCGACUUGGAGUCUUCGACCCUUCGAUUUCUGCUUCGCUGCUUGGCAAUCGUCAAAUCCCGACAAUAGCCAAUAGCCGGCCCCUUUUGCAAUUCUGCCGGCACAGACCGCAGUGGCCGUUGGCCACAGACAUCAGCAGUCCGCACAGGGCCUCCGGCUAAAGGUACGUGAUGGUCUUGAGGUCUUAACUCUCUUUCUGGCAGUUUCAAAUGAUCAAAUCCUUCAAUCAUUGAUAGAGUUUGAUUUACGUAGUACUCGUAUCUUUUACCUUGAAUUGCUAUUUUUUUACUAGUUAGUCGGUUAGGCAGGUUAUAGGCACUAGGGGCUGUAGAGCCUAGGCUAUUAAGUAUUGAUUGUAUGAUUGAUUCUAUUACUCUAUAAACCAAAUACGUGGUAUUAAUAAUUCAAUUUAGUAUUUUAUUCAUUAACACUUACUGUAUAUUUGUAUAAUUUUAUGUGUAUUAUUGCAUAUUGAAAGUUAGAAAAACUGUAGCUAGUUAGAAAUUGUAUGAAGUUGUAGACUUAUUAUGAUGAUAGAAAAACGAAAACAUGACUUGGGAUGUACAAAGAGAAAGAACAAAUUAAGAAAGGGCGUGAUCAUAAAACCGUUUGCCGACUCUAUGCAUAAGAACACGAUAUCAAAACUUUCUCCCUCAAAUAUUAACCUCUCCCUCAAAUAUUGUUGAUGAGAAUGAGGCUACAAAUGUUGAGGCCAAAGUAAAUGAGUGUGAGGAUGUAAGUUGUCACAAUAGUGACACAAUUGUAGGUGAUACAAAUUGAGUGCACAUAUGGGAAAUGAAAAUGACACUUUCAAUGAUGGUAAUGAGAAAUGGUCUUUAAAAAGCUAGAAGAAUAGGAUAUUAGUUUUAAUCCAUGUAUUUUUUUUAUCAAUUUUGGAUCUUUUGCUUUCGAAGAAUACCCUCUUUACGUUAAUAUUAUAUGAUGCAUUUCAUGUAUAAUUCACUACUAUUUCAUUUGAUAUUCUAGUUUUUAUAUUGUUAUAUUAAAUUAAAUAUAUCAAAUCAAAAUGUCGAUAUGAUCGUCUAGGGCCUCAUAAUUGCUCUAGACGGCCCUGGGUAGAUGUUUGACCGUAAUUAUCUAUUAAUAUAUACCUAUAAAAUCUAUAAUACAUUGACAUUUGAAUAAUACAUAUUACAAAGAAUCACAUUAAAUAAUUUUUUUCGAAUACAAUAUAAUUAAUUUUGAGUAAUUAGCGAUCAAAGUUUAACAAGUUUGACUGAAAAAGUCAAUAAGUGACAAACAUUUAGGAACGGAGGGAGUACUAAGUUUGGAAUUAUGUUUAUUGACGGAUCAUGGUUGUCACAUGCCUUUUCAUCCCCAUAUGGUCUUUUUUUUAUAUAUUCGAUAUUAGUCUUAAAUGAAAGAUCAUAAAAAGUUAUGAAAUUUGAUAUAUAUUUUUAAAUAUUUCAAACAAAUAUGUAAAAGAUAGAGCACUUUAAAGAAAAAGUGGAUUUUUUUAAAGUAUAUAUCCCACGUGGCCACCUUAUCCUCCCUCCUCUGGCAAUAGUAUGUUUCGUUUACGUACUACGUACGUACGCUGCUUUCCGUAUUUGGAAGGAUUUUCCUAACCCUAGUUUGUUUAGCAGUAUUCUCGUAAAUAAUUUUAACCUCACAUUAGUUUCGUAAAUAACUUAUUUUUUAGCAUUAAUUUAGAAAAAAACUCAUUAAUGAAGAGUGUAAUUGUCUUUUGUAGAGUUAUUUCUUUUCUUAUAUAUAAAUAGAUAAACAGAUUAAUUGUUAAAUAAGUAUUAUAGGUAAAACAAAGUCAGUUUGUAGAGUUUAUCAACAAAUGAAUUUAAGAUUUAACGGUUCAAAUUAAUAAUCAAUACUAAUCACUACCAAAAUCUAAAACAUUAAGUUUAGUUUUUGGCAAAAUAGUAAUAAUCUCAUCAAACAUCAAACAAAUUUUGAUUGCUUCUACUUUAAUAAAAUGAUUUUAAGUGGUUUUAGAAAGAAAAUAUUUAGUGGUAAAAGUUGAGAGUAUGUGAGAAAAAAUACUUUUGAAAAAGUAAAGUUAUGUUUGAUAAAAAUGUUUUUGCCUAACGCAAAACAAUUCAAAGCAUUCCACAAGUUUCCAUUUAUAUCGCUUUUAAAUGCUUAAUUUAAGCAAAAAUUAUCAUCUGAAAACAAAUUUCAACUUUUUAAGACAAAAGUUGAAUUUUCUUUUCUUUAGAGUUUUAAUAAACAUUCCCUCACCUCAUCGAUCUGUACCUUAUCUAUAUAUAAAAGAGAAAACUAUAAAAUAAGCUCCCGUAUUAUAUCAAAAUAGUCAAUUAAACCCUCGUACUUUGAAAACACUCAAUUAGAUCUUCAAACUAUUAAAAAAGUUCCAAUUACGCUUUUUAGCAGGUAUAGAACCGGUUACCGGUUAGUUGCACACGUGGCUAGCCAGAUGGCAUUUUCCCUCUUUGGUUUUUUUUUCCUUUUCUCUUUCUCUUUUGGUUCUCCACCCUCCCAGACUUCCUCCACCUUCCCCGUCAUUCCCCAUCUUCCCAUCAAUGCCCGAUGAUCACUCCUCUUUCUCUUUCUCUUUGUCUUUGUUUUUAUUUUUUCCUUUUCUUUUGAUCUUUCUUUCUUUCCUUUGGCAUGAGGAGACAAGCAGAAUAGCCGGUCGGCCGUGUUUGGCUUGGGACCUUCAGUACGAAGGAAGAAGCCGCCUGGCCGGAAUUUCCGCCCUCGCAAGAGUUCGCCGCAGAUUCAACAAGAAGAUCUGUUUUUGUAUCGCGACCUUGAAUAUGGCGAAGGAAGCCAGCUGACCUUGGAUGUGGCGAAGGAAACCUUUAGGGAGGGAUCGUCCUCAUGUGGGAGAUGGGGAAGUCCGUCAAAUCUGUCCUGCAAAGUUGUGGAACGGCAAAUUGAAAACACAAAGAGAAACAAAAAAUAAAGCAAAACGAAAAUUACCACAUCAUUCUUGCCACGUGUGUGGCCACGUGUGCAGCCAUCUGCGCAGGUAACCGGGAAACCUGUUGGAGAUAUGUCAAAAAGCUCAAUUGCAUGUUUUUCAAUAGUUUGGGGUGUAAUUGGGAGUUUUCAAAGUAUGAGGGUUUAAUUGACUAUUUUGGUAUAAUAUAGGACUUAUUUGAUAGUUUUCUCAUAUAUAAAAUUUCUAAUUCAUUGUUCCAAAAGGUGGAAUCUCCCACCCCAGGAGCCCCCACUCCCUGAGUCACGGUGACUCAGUCGAC